UACCGUUAAUGGAUAAAUAUCUAAAAAAUGUCGUUUAGUUAUAAACAAAAUACAAGAGAGGAGGUGGCUUGCCGUGUUCUCCUUUCCAAUUCUUUUCUUUCCUUCCUCCAAUCUUCCUUGAUCUUCCUCUUCAAUUUUACGCCGAGUCAAAGCAAGUUGGCCAAGAAUCAAGAUACCCUUCUCUCUUUCUGUAACUAUAAUCUUUAAAAUAAUACAAACCCAUAACAGAAGGCCAUAAAAAGAGAGAUCUCCCCUUCUCUUCUUCUUCUUCUUCUUCUUUAACUUUUCCAAAAUUAUUUCUGAUCCAUUUCCCAUUUCUUAGUUGUAUUAUCAUUCUUCUCUUAUUAUUAGCAUUCAAAAUUUCUGGAUAUCUCUCUUUCUUGCUCAUCUCUAACUUUCUGUUCAUAUCUCUCAAUGGAAGUAUCAACUUCCUCGCCUUUAUCAGUCCAUUCAAUGGAAUUCUCCCCCCUCUUUCCCCACCUCCGUCGACACAAGCCCUCCCUCUCUCUCCACAACCAUUCUUUCUCAUCAAAACCUAAGUCUUCAAUCGACUGCCGUGGCCGCUCCAUGUUCCUCCACGUCGACCCACCUCGCCAUUUCUCUCCCCCCGCCUCUUCCAUCUUCGGCAUCUCCAUCUCUCGCAACAAAAUCCCAUCUAGGUCCAAUUCAAUUCCUCUCAAGAUCCGCAAGACCCAUCGGAUACCGCCCAUCUCGGCGGUCUUUGAACGGUUCACUGAACGGGCUAUCAAGGCCGUCAUGCUUUCUCAGAGAGAGGCCAAGGCCUUAGGCAAUGACAUGGUCUUUACCCAGCACUUGUUAUUGGGUCUUGUCGCUGAGGAUCGAUCAGUCCAUGGGUAUCUCGCUUCUGGGGUCACAAUUGAGCAGGCCCGUGAGGCUGUUCGUGCCAUUUGGGGCGAUGAUGGUGUUAACUCAAACUCCGAGUCUUCCGCGAGUACUAGUGCCAAAAACUCUGCCGCAGCUUCCACGGAUGUGCCUUUUUCUAUUAGCACAAAGCGUGUGUUUGAUGCUGCAGUGGAGUAUUCAAGGAGUAAGGGUUAUAAUUACAUUGCUCCUGAACACAUUUCUAUAGGGCUGUUCACUGUUGAUGAUGGAAGUGCUGGCCGUGUCCUUAAGAGAUUGGGAGCAGAUGUCAAUCAUUUAGCAGUUGUAGCAGUCUCCAGACUUCAAGGAGAACUUGCCAAGGAAGGUAGAGAAUUGCCUGCUGCAUCAAAACAGAUGCGCAGUAAACCUUCUUCUGAAAAAACAUCAGUUUUGAAGUCCUCCGGGAAAAGAGAAGAGAAAAGUGUCUUGGCUCAAUUCUGUGUGGAUCUUACUGCUCGAGCUAGUGAAGGACUUAUUGAUCCUGUAAUUGGUAGAGACCAUGAAAUUCAGAGAAUUGUCCAAAUCCUUUGCCGAAGAACCAAGAAUAACCCAAUUCUUCUAGGUGAACCAGGAGUGGGAAAAACAGCUAUUGCUGAAGGGUUGGCAAUUAGUAUUGCAAAUGGCGAUGUUCCCAUUUUUCUUUUGACAAAACGCAUAAUGUCCUUGGAUAUAGGUCUAUUAAUGGCAGGUGCAAAAGAGAGGGGUGAGUUAGAGGCAAGGGUCACUACCUUGAUCAGCGAGAUACAAAAAGCAGGUGAUAUCAUUCUAUUUAUUGAUGAAGUCCACACACUUAUUGGAUCUGGUACAGUUGGAAAAGGAAACAAAGGAUCAGGCCUUGACAUUGCAAAUUUAUUGAAGCCUUCACUUGGAAGGGGUGAGUUGCAGUGUAUUGCAUCUACAACUGUUGAUGAACACAGGAUGCAUUUUGAAAAAGACAAAGCAUUAGCUCGGCGAUUUCAACCCGUGUUGAUUAAUGAGCCAAGCCAGGAGGAUGCAGUUAAGAUACUGUUGGGCCUAAGGGAGAAGUAUGAAGCUCACCACAAAUGUAGAUUUACUUUGGAAGCCAUAAAUGCUGCCGUAUAUCUGUCAGCAAGAUAUAUUCCAGAUAGGUAUCUUCCUGAUAAGGCCAUUGAUCUUAUUGAUGAGGCUGGAAGUAGGGCACGCAUGGAUGCCUACAAGAGGAGGAAGGAAGAACAAACUUCUGUACUAAGAAAAUCACCCAAUGAUUAUUGGCAAGAAAUCAGAGCUGUUCAGGCCAUGCAUGAAGUGGUCCUGGCAAAUAAAAUUAAAUAUGCCGAUGUUGCCUCUUUUAUAGAGGAUGACACCAAACUCAUAUCAGAGCCUCCUGUGCCCUCCACACUUGACAAUGAUGAAUUUGUGGUAGUAGGACCAGAUGAUAUAGCAGAAGUGGCUUCACUUUGGUCUGGGAUACCAGUUCAGCAACUUGAUGCAGAUGAAAGAAUGGUUCUAGUGGGUCUUGAUGAGCAACUUAGGAAGCGGGUUGUUGGCCAAAAUGAUGCUAUUUUUGCAAUCUCUCGAGCUGUAAAGAGAUCUCGUGUUGGCUUGAAGGACCCUGAUAGACCUAUAGCAGCAAUGCUUUUCUGUGGCCCAACUGGUGUUGGCAAAACUGAGCUUGCAAAAGCUUUGGCAGAAUGCUACUUUGGAUCAGAGGCAUCCAUGCUACGUCUGGACAUGAGCGAAUAUAUGGAGCGGCAUACAGUUAGCAAGUUGAUAGGGUCACCACCAGGGUAUGUAGGCUAUGGAGAGGGAGGCAUUCUAACAGAAGCAGCUAGAAGAAGACCUUUUACAGUGGUUUUGCUUGAUGAAAUUGAAAAAGCCCACCCAGAUAUAUUUAACAUCCUCCUCCAAGUAUUUGAAGAUGGCCACCUCACUGAUUCUCAGGGGCGAAGGGUGUCAUUUAAGAACACAUUGAUUAUUAUGACGUCCAAUAUUGGUUCUACCACCAUUGCAAAGGGUAGACACAUGUCCAUUGGUUUCUUGAUUGAAGAUGAUGGUGAACCAAGUUCGUAUUCUGGAAUGAAAGCCCUCGUUCUGGAAGAGCUUAAGGCAUAUUUUAGGCCAGAGUUUCUCAACAGGAUUGAUGAAGUAGUUGUAUUCCGUCCUCUUGAGAAGGCACAGAUUAUUGAGAUUCUAAAUCUGAUGCUGCAAGAAGUGGAGGAAAGGCUUAUGUCUUUGGGCAUUGGUCUGGAGGUAUCUGAGGCAAUGAAGGAUCUUAUCUGCCAGCAAGGCUAUGACAGAAACUACGGAGCUCGGUCCAUGAGGAGGGCGGUCACCCUUCUAAUUGAGGAUGUCUUAAGUGAAGCACUUCUUGGUGGGAAAUACAAACCUGGUGACACUGCAUUAAUAGAUGUGGAUGCAUCUGGAAUCCCGUAUGUGAUUAACCGGUCAGAUUUUGAUAUUCAUUUGUCUGAUGCAACAUCCAUAUUGUAGUUAAGAUCUUUGACAAUUCAUAAUUUAAUCACUCAGUGUAUAUUGAUCUGUAUCGAGAUAGAGAUUUAUUUUGUAUAGUUCUAGGUAAUUGUUUGAUCCUGUAUGACCCAGGAGAAUGAGGUGCUUACAUACAGGUUCUGUAUAUAUAUAUUUGGGGAAAAGAUGCAAUUAUUACUUUUUGUAACUGUUUGAGGCAUUUCUAUGAUUGCCGAAUAUUCUCAAUACCAAAGGGUGGAAGAGUUGUUUUCAUGUUCAA